AUGGCAACAAACCCAUCUCUGCAAUGCAUGGCCGCCACAGAAGAAGCCGUUCGAGAGGAUGCGUCUACCGGUACUAGGCAGCCACCUGCGUCGCAUACCCUUGGCGGGGAGUCUUCUUCAUCUCCCUCGUAUCAAGGGCCCAAGGCCAAUCUGCUUCUUGAUUUUACGUCCCAGAUUGACAAUGAGACGACGCUCGACCUCCUGGACUUGCUACCCAACACCUUUGGUGACAAUGACGCGGCUUCCCCCCUCAUUGACUCGACUGUCGUCCGAUGUCCCCUCGGCCAUGGGAGUCGCUCGGAACGCCAUCAAAAUAUCUCAAGAUGUCCUCGGGUGUUUGCACUGCUUUCCAACACUUCCACAAAGAUCCUCUACAACCCCGGCCCGUACAAUCGAUACCAAAUAAUGACGUGCCUGGGAGCUCUGGUCCCAUCCGCGUGCAACGCUUAUGCCAGAAUCACGGAAAUGAUCGACCGCGACGCCGACGUCGCAAAUGCCAGGGACAAGGAGCUAUUCUUUCCUUUCAGGGACUUUGGAGGGCUUUGGGCCCUCGUCAUGGAUGACCAGCAGGGAGCACUUGUCAUGCCUGGCCUGAAGGAUGUCAUCGACGAGCUGGACUGGUCGACGAAACUGCGGCACCAGAUCAUAGAGGACCUCAUGGCAGCGGGCAAAACGCCCAACAUUCCAAAUACUACCUCCACUGCCACGCGCCGGUUCCACCAGAGCACAAGAGCUGCACGAGGCUUGUAG